UUACACGAAAACACUUCCAUCUGAGUAAUACAAUACAUAAGACAUUUUUAUUCUGAUCUAUUUUAUUAUAAAAUUAUAUUAGACGUAUAUAUGUUUAUCUAUAUAAUUUUGCCUUAAAGUGACUGAAAAUUUUUCGAAUACUCGUCGAAAUAUGGCAAAGCUUAAUGCAAAAAUCGGUCCGUCGAUCUUAAACGCCGACUUAGCACAGCUUUAUGAAGAAUCACAAAAAUUGUUGGACAAUGGCGCAGAUUAUCUACAUUUGGACGUGAUGGAUGGUCACUUUGUUCCUAAUCUUACGUUUGGUCAUCCCAUUGUAAAAUGUCUUCGUAAUAAAAUAAAAGAUGCUUUCUUCGAGACACAUAUGAUGGUAUCUGAUCCGGAAAAAUGGAUUGUACCUAUGGCUGAUGCAGGAGUAAAUCAAUAUACAUUUCAUGUUGAGCCAGUAAAAGAUGUUUUUCUAGUCUGUAGAAAAAUAAAAGAAGCAGGAAUGAAGGUUGGUGUGGCACUCAAACCAGGAACACCUGUGGAUGUUGUAUGCGAUUAUGUAAACUUGGCUGAUAUGAUCUUAGUGAUGACUGUGGAACCUGGCUUCGGUGGUCAGAAAUUUAUAGAAUCAAUGUUACAGAAAGUAUCAUGGUUGAGAAAAAAUUACCCUUUGUUAGACAUUGAGGUCGAUGGUGGAGUUGGACUUACUACAAUUGAAUCUUGUGCAAAGGCUGGUGCUAAUAUGAUUGUAUCUGGUACAGCUAUUAUAGGUUCUACUGAUCAGGCUAAAGUGAUUACCACCUUAAAAAAUACUGUCAAUUGUUAUUUGAAACAAUGAACAUUCAAAAUAGUGAUAAGUGAAAAUAAUGUGAAAACAAACAUUUUUAAGAAAAU